AUAGCCGCCUAGCUUGCUCUGGCAGCAGCAGUCUUGUCUACCCCCGACGAAGCAUGGGUGUCCAGGGCUUCCAAGAGUUCCUGGAAAAGCGCUGUCCUGGGGCCGUGGUGCCAGUGGAUCUCCUCAAACUCGCGCGCACGGUCUCGCGGCAGCAGCAGCAGCAGCACCUGCACCGCCAGUUGCCUCCUACAGCUGCCCUAGAGCCUGGAGCUCCACGCGCAGCCAGGAGUUCUGUACCUCUGCAACCGCCGCUCCCGCCCGCUGCCUUGGGUGCCUGUUCUGGGGGUGCUGGACCGACUCGGCAUCAUCACUCUGUUCGCCACUUCUACCACCACGGCCAGACGGAGACCAGCCUGCACCCGCCGCUGCCGCCGCCCCCUCCGCUGCCUGGCGCCCGGGUGUUGGUGGAUGCGGGCUCGGCGCUGCCGCGGCUGUAUGGCGGCUACCAGACGGAUUGGGUUUGUGGCGGCCAAUGGAACGCCAUGCUGGGCUACUUGUCAGCGCUGUGCCAGGCCUGUGCCUAUCCUGGCGGCGACGGCCUGGAGCUUGUGGUCAUGUUCCCCGGGGGCCUGGGCAAGGACCGGCUGGCUGAGUGGGGCCGUCGGUGCCAGGCCGAGCGGCAGACAGCGCAACUGAUCGUGGGACACGUGGGCAACAAGGGCACCCCUCCACCACGGGCCUGGUUCCUGCCACCGGCCUGCCUGAGCCACUGCGUGAGGCUAGCACUCAUCCGCUUCCGGGUCAAGGUCUUUCAGAGCCUUGAAGACCACCAUUUGGAAGUGGUGGCUUUUUUCAGAGAAAAUGGCUUCCAUGGCCUUCUUGCCCAUGACUCUGAGUAUGCACUCUACAAUAUUUCUUCUUACUAUAGUUCCCAUGCUCUGAAGCUGAGUUGGAAUGGGAAGAACCUUACUACCAACCAGUUCCUAAUGCAGGAGGUGGCCAAGCAGCUGGGCUUGAAAAGAAUGAAUUUUCCCAUAUUUGCUGCACUGCUAGGUAACCACAUUCUCCCAGAUGAGGACUUGGCUGCUUUUCACUGGAGUCUCUUGGGACCAGAACAUCCUCUUGCAUCACUUAAGGUCCGAGCUCACCAGCUUGUUCUUCCUCCCUGUGAUGUGGUGAUCAAGGCUGUUUCCAAGUAUGUUAGUUCCAUCGAAGACCCCUCAAACCUGGAUAUGGUUGGGAAAGAUGUUUUCAAACAAUCUCAGUCCAGGACAGAAGAUAAAAUAGAACGAUUCAAGAAAGCAGUUGAGUACUAUUCAGUCACAACCAAACUCUCUUCGCUGCCAGUGGGUUCCUCCCUUUUAGGUUUUCGAAAUAAUAGGCAUCCUCACCUUCCACGAAAUCAAAUUGGCACCAUUUCUGCUGGAAAGCCAAUGCUUGCUCACCAAGUACCCCAGAAAAUGAAAUAUCCACCACCAUUCCCAAUGGGACCCAACUCAUCUCUUCUCUUCUCCCCCCAUGCUUUGGGGGCAUCCCAUGCUUUUUCUGAGGACCCCAUGCUUCAGGGCAGCCCCUUUGCCAGCUGGACUGUCUCUUAUGACUCCUCUGCAUCCCAGUUUCCCAAUUACCUGACUUCUAAAGUCUCACCUCCUUCGGGACCAGACUCCUUCCACUCCUCUUCCUCUGAUGAUGAACCAAAUGGAGCUAGCUCUGAUCAUAUCACAGAAGCACUUCAGCAGCAGCCUGAAUGGGAAGAGCCCAAUGGUGACAGAGGUUCUUGGAUACAGCCUGUUGAUGCUGGAUUUUCAGAAGCCAGCCUAGGUGACAGUGAAACCCACAUUCCAUCUCUGCUAUCUAUGUCUACAAGAAACCACAUGGACAUCACCAUUCCACCUUUACCUCCAGUUGCUCCAGAAGUCUUGCGAGUUGCUGAACAUAGGCACCGGAGGGGUCUUAUGUACCCAUAUAUUUAUCACAUCCUCACUAAGGGUGAAAUUAAGAUCCCUGUAUGUAUUGAGGAUGAAUGUAACAUGGAGCUGCCUCCAGCUGCUCUCUUGUUCCGGUCAGCUCGUCAAUAUAUAUAUGGAGUCCUUUUCAGUCUGGCAGAAGCACAGCGGAAAAUGGAACGCCUGGCUAUACGCCAGCGGCUACCUAUAGAAGUUCCUUCAGUGAUCCUUAAAGAGUGGUCUGCCUAUAAAGGAAAGUCACCUCAAACACCUGAGCUGGUGUCUGCACUGACAUUUCGAGAAUGGACUUGCCCAAAUCUCAAGAAGCUCUGGCUCGGCAAAGCAGUUGAAGACAAGAACAGAAGGAUGCGGGCCUUCCUGGCCUGUAUGAAAUCAGACACACCCAGUAUGCUCAAUCCAGCCAAUGUCCCCACCCAUCUGUUGCUCAUGUGCUGUGUACUCCGAUACAUGGUUCAGUGGCCUAGUGGCCGAAUCCUACAUCGCCAUGAGCUAGAUACCUUCCUUGCACAGGCAGUGUCUACUCAGCUUUCUGAACCAGAUCAACUCCAAGAACUAAAGAUUGAGAAACUGGAUGCUCGAGGGAUCCAGCUUGCUGCCCUCUUCAUGAGUGGGGUAGACACAGCUCUGUUUGCUAAUGAUGCCUGUGGCCAACCAGUCCCUUGGGAACACUGCUGCCCCUGGAUUUACUUUGAUGGCAAGCUGUUCCAAAGCAAGCUAAUUAAAGCAGGCCAAGAGCGAGUAUCCCUGAUUGAGCUCUGUGAUGGCCAGGUUGACCUGGCAACCAAAGUGGAAAAGAUGAGACAGAGUAUCCUUGAAGGAGUCAACAUGAAUCAUCCACUGCCUUCUGCUCUACUUCCAUCACCUACUUUUUUGUCUCCCAUAGUACCCUCUCUCUACCCUGUUUCACUUUAUUCCCGAGCCAUGGGGUCCAUACCACCUUCCCCUCAAGGAAGGAGCCGGGGAUUUCCAGGUCUCCAUUCAAUCCCACCUCAAGGAGGAAAACUGGAGAUUGCUGGAAUGGUUGUGGGCCAGUGGGCAGGCAGCAGAUCCUCCAGAGGCCAAGGAUCCUUUGGCAUCCAAGUUGUUUCUGUUGGUGGGCCAGGAAAGGGGCAUGCAAAACAGACUGGUAGAGGAUCCAAAGGGCACAAAAAAGGAAAUAAACAAAGCUCUUCAGAUGGAGUCUCUAAAUCCCUGGAGUUUCAUCAAGGGAAAUCUUGCUCACAGGUAAAUGGAAACAAUGGCACAUUGAUCAAGGAAGAGAAGAGUGAUCAUCAUCUUCCAGCCCCAUCACAAUGUGCCUUAUCCAGAGACAGCAACGUGUAUAAUAAUAGUAACCACUACCUCCCUAUGAAGAAUGGGGAGAAGAACCACUUACAGGAGCAAAAGCUAGAAACUGUGGCACCACAGAAAGAGAAAUGACAAGCUGAAGAUGACUUCACCAGAGCAGGAAGAAGGGAAAUCCUGCUGCUCUUCUGUGAUUUUCGGCCCAAGUUAGAGGAAGAUAUAAAUGUUCAGCCUUGAUUUAUCCAGAAUUUUGAGGGAUGUCCUAUUGUAUACAUCUUUUCCCCUUCCUUGUUUUUUUCUGGACUUCUAGAUUUAGUGAUAUGCUUCUGGGGAUUCUGGCCAAAAAUUAAUGAGAACAACACUAGCUCCUAUUCUCAAAUUCAAUAUAAAGCACCAAUAUUCUCUUUAUCUCCCUGGGAAGGCAGUAACGUCAGAAAUUAGGUAUCAUCAUGUAACAUCCUAUAGAAAAGUUCCAGCUUUGAUUCUGAGUAUUUAUCACCACAUUUAUUUGCAGAUUUACGUGAUGAAUGUAUGGAGUUGUGGGGAUAGCUGUCUAUAGCUUCAUAACUUAUUUUCUUUUUUCUCUAUGAAGUGGUGAGGCUAU